UUCAAUCUCCCUCUCGCCGCAUCAUACAUACAUAGCUUUCUUACACAUAUCGUCUGAUUUAGCUCUCUCCCUCCUACGAUUCCGCUAACAUGGCUCUACCGAACCAGCAGACUGUAGAUUAUCCUAGCUUCAAGCUCGUCAUUGUUGGUGAUGGAGGCACAGGGAAGACUACUUUUGUGAAGAGACAUCUUACUGGGGAGUUUGAGAAGAAGUAUGAACCUACCAUUGGUGUGGAGGUUCAUCCUCUAGAUUUCUUCACAAACUGUGGCAAGAUCCGUUUUUACUGCUGGGACACUGCUGGACAAGAGAAGUUUGGUGGCCUAAGGGAUGGAUACUAUAUCCAUGGUCAAUGUGCCAUCAUUAUGUUUGAUGUCACAGCAAGGCUCACAUACAAGAACGUUCCGACAUGGCAUCGUGAUCUCUGCAGGGUGUGUGAAAACAUCCCGAUUGUUCUGUGCGGGAACAAAGUGGAUGUGAAGAACAGGCAAGUGAAGGCAAAGCAAGUCACAUUCCACAGGAAGAAGAACCUUCAGUACUAUGAGAUAUCUGCAAAGAGCAACUACAACUUCGAGAAGCCUUUCUUGUACCUUGCUAGAAAACUGGCUGGAGACCAGAACCUGCACUUUGUCGAGUCACCAGCUCUUGCUCCACCAGAGGUUCACCUUGACAUUGCCGCUCAGCAGCAGAACGAGGCUGAUCUUGCAGCUGCCGCAGCUCAGCCUCUCCCAGAUGAUGAUGAUGACGCAUUUGAGUAAAUCUUCCAUAAUGUCUGCUGCGGGAAGCUCUUGCUUUUUCUUUUUUGGUUUUCGUCUCUAUGUUGUUCUGAUAUGUUACAUAUAAAAUCUAUCGGUCUUGUAACAAAAAUUAGGGCAAUAUUUUUGGAUUGUUCCAUUGGUAUCCAAAGCUAAGUUGUUUCUUCCCAGGAA